CUGCCCCGGUUGUCAAGGCGCUGUUAGUGUCUGGCUUGUCCUCGUUGGGACUGGACUGCGCUGUUAUUUUGUUGGGCUGAGCUUUUUUCCCUUCAUUACUUAGUUGGAUUUUCCCCGUUCUGUUGUUAGUGACGGACUCCCAACAACUAUCUACCAGCACAGUUCACACAAGGUAACCCUGCCCGUCUACCCACAGUGACUCCACACUGACUGACAGACCGAUCGACACAAAAAGGGACCGCAACUAACAGUCAAAGGAAGAAACCAUCUUUCUCGAGUGGCCACAGUGAGAGACAAGCACAUGAGGAGCAGAAACGUCUCGCCAUCAACAUCCUGACGAGUAACCUUGCUUCCGCGUCCCACCACACGCCCGCAAACUCCAGAAGUGGGCGUCAGCAGGAAGGAAACAAGUGACCACUCCUCCUGCAGGCAUGAGGUCCUUCCGUUCCUUCAGCAACGAUGACCGCCACGUCAUGGCAAAGCACUCCACCAUCUACCCCUCCUCGCAGGAGCUCGAAGCCGUUCAGACCCUGGUGUUCACCAUCGAAUGUGCGCUCAAAGAGGUUGCUGAUUGGCUCGAUCAGAGCAGCGGUGAUGCCCCUAACAACAACUCCGACAGCCAACCAGCAGACAGCACAGAGAAGGAUGUUCCUGGUGAGGAGCCCAGGAAGGAAACCGAGGAAUCUAGUGAGGGAUACAGCAGAGAGUCGGGCGGUGGUGGCAUGCUCUGUGGAGUGAUGAGGGUCGGCCUGGUGGCGAAAGGACUCCUUAUCAAAGGCGACAUGGACCUGGAGCUGGUGCUGAUGUGCAGAGACAAACCCACACAGACACUGCUGGACACUGUCUGCCACAAUUUACCCACACAGAUCCAGAAGCUGACAGAGGAGAAAUAUGUGGUCACAAGCUCCUUGCCCGAGGCAGCCAUCUUGGUACAAACUACAACAGAUCCCAUGCUUAAGCUGAAGAUCACCCUGACCUCGCCAGCCAUGAGGGAAGAUGAAGAUCUAGAGGAGGAAGAGGAGGAGGAGGAAGAAGAGGAGCUGGAGAAUGGGGAGGAUGGAGAAGAGGUGGAAGAGGAAGCAGAGGCAGAGGCAGAGGUUGUAAAGGAGGACCAGGGAAAGGAAAACGGUGAAGGUACGAACCCCGAAUUGGAAGUGUUGGGUGCUGCUGCGCACACAGUGGAGACUGAGGAGGAGGGGGAGGUGCUGGAUAGACACAGAUGUCUGUUGGCCCUGGCAGCGCUGCGACACGCCAAAUGGUUUCAGGCUCGAGUGAAUGGACUUAAGUCCUGUGUUAUCGUUCUCAGGAUACUAAGAGACAUGUGCAAUAGACACCCCAUUUGGGAACCUCUCAAAGGAUGGCCAUUAGAACUCAUUUGCGAGAAGGCCAUCGCAACUUGUAACAGACCUCUUGGGGCAGGAGAAGCCUUGCGUCGAGUCAUGGAGUGUCUGGCUUCAGGCAUACUGCUCCCAGGUGGUCCAGGUUUACACGACCCAUGUGAGAAAGAGCCUACAGACACUCUGGCCAACAUGAUGGACCAGGAGGCCGAGGCCAUCACCUACGGCGCACAGCAUGCUCUCAGACUCAUGGCAUUUGGACAGAUCUACAAGGUGUUAGAGAUGGAGCCUCUUCCCUCAAAUAAACCAUCACAGAAAUAUCCUUGGUCUGAUAAAGAAGGUUUAGGGCUAAAGAGACCAUAUGAAGAUGGAACGAUGGAUGACAAGGACCUCAUUAAAAAGAUGAAGAGGAACCUAAGAAAGGUCCUCGACUGUAAAGCCAUAGACUCCAACCAGCCAAUGAACGCCCUGAUGCGCUUGAACCAGAUCCGACCAGGGCUGCAGUAUCGCCUGCUGUCUCAGUCUGGGCCGGUUCAUGCUCCAGUCUUCACCAUGUCUGUGGAUGUGGACGGAACCGUCUAUGAGGCGUCUGGAUCCUCCAAGAAGACAGCCAAGCUCCAUGUUGCUGUCAAGGUUCUCCAGGCAAUGGGCUACCCGACAGGUUUCGACUCUGAUCUGGACCCCAUGAGCUCAGAUGAGAAGUCUGACGGCGAGGGGAAGAGUGAGACAUCUUCACACUCCAGCAAUAACCCAACUCACUCCUCAGAUGGUUCCAACACACUGGAGGUGCGAACUCAGGGCCCCAUCCUAACGGCAAGCGGGAAGAAUCCUGUAAUGGAGCUAAACGAGAAGCGACGAGGCCUCAAAUACGAGCUCAUCUCUGAGAGUGGAGGCAGCCACGACAAACGCUUUGUUAUGGAGGUGGAGGUCGAUGGGCAGAAGUUUCGUGGGGCAGGCCCCAACAAAAAAGUAGCAAAGGCCAGCGCUGCUCUGGCAGCCCUGGAAAAACUCUUCUCCGGUCCCAACGCAGCAGCACACAAAAAGAAAAAGAUCCUGCCUCCGACUAAAGGAGCACUGGCAGCGGCAGCAGCAGCCUCGGCAGUAGCAGCACAGGUAGCAAGAGGAAGAGGAAGAGCAGCGCUGGCAAGAAGCGCCUUCGUCAGUGCUGCUGCACCAGGAUACGUCACACCAGGUUUUGGCACACCGUACGGCUACAGCCCCGCUGCAGCAGCUGCUCCUGCAUAUGGUGGUCUGUUCAUUGACAAUCCUUUCUACCAGCCGCGUACCAUUGCUCCUUUUAUCAUUCACCUAGGUCCGCAGGAUCUCUUCUCUGACUUCUAAAGGCAGGAAGCCGUUGGGCGCGCUCUUCACAUUUUUUUUUUUUUUCUGUCUCUUCCCACUGGACACCUGGCUGCACACUCGUCCACCUGUUUGUCUGUCGGUCUGAGCGAGGUCGCCUUUUAUUCUGUCCUGGCCGAUGGAACGAUUUGCUCACAGACUCAAGUUGUUUCGGUUCAAUCAGAGAAACGAUCCUACCUGCUGACUGAGAGCUGUUGUUUUUCUUUUCUCUCUCCGCCCAGAAUAUCCUCCUCAGAGGAGAGCAGAUUUUACGCAAAGCAAUACUCGGAUUUUACGAGAAACGUACAAGAAUAGGCUGAACAAUGGUCUUUUCGCAUAGCAAUACACCCAAACUCGUCUCUUUAAGCUACUUGAGAAGAUGUGAAUGUCCCACGGAGGUUUACUCAACACAGCAUUGCAAUAGCUGAUUCUGAUUGUAUGUUCUGUGUGUGUAUGUGUGGCUAUAACAUGACUAUUUACACAGAUACCUAUGGUGUAUUUCUAUAAAAACGUGUUGAUGAUAAUAACGUUAAUAUAUAAUAAUGUACUUAUGUAAAUACUCUUUAAAGUCUAAUUAUUGUUAUAAAAGAUUUUAGAAUCAUAACGUGAAAUGUAACUGUAAUACCACAGCAUAGCUUUCUUCCAGUUUUAUAUACACUGAGCAAUUGAAGCUAGUUCUAGAAAAUGCAAUAUUAUCUUUGUUAUUCCUAUUAACCAGUGCUAGUAGAAUAUUAAUGCUUCCUACUUUUCUUCCUUCAUCCUUUCCUCUGUCUUUGAUGUCUAUCUGAGCCUUUCUGAGCGCUCUCUCUGCCGGCUGCAGCGUGUUUACUCGGCCUGUGGAGCAGAGGCGUGCCCUACUGUAGACAUGACUCAAAACCACACAGUUUUUGCCUGUCAGAAAGCACAUUUUCUAUAGUCUCACUGUUGGCAGGGAACACCGUUGUUACGAGCACUCUUUGUAUGUGUGUUUCAUGUAUGUGUUUGCUCUAAUGUGCGCUCUCCUCCCCCUCUGCCAUUCAUGGACACAAAACUAUCAACACACAGAACAAUAAUGAGCUCCGUCUCGCUUGCCUUAUAGGGUCCAAAAGCACAGCUGGCUUCACACACACUCUUCAGUUAUCAUCUUUGCAGCUCUUCCUCGUUGGCUGACGGUGAUGCAGAAAAGGCUUAACUGCACAUACAGCACAAGCUACUGGCACACAAAUUAAAGAUAUAGAAAAGAGGAAAUAAUAGAUGAGAAAGGGAGGCAAGUAUUUGGCCAUUUUUGUGUGCCAUAACAUUUUGCUCAAACUUUUAUUGGGGAUUCAAGCUCAAUUCUGUCUCCCUUUUACUCAUUUUGCCUUACAUUAACAUGUAGGUUAUGAAAUAGUACUUAGUACUCACUAUCAGAAGUUAAAAACAAGAAGGAAAAGGUUAAAAACCUUCUUGAAAAUUGGUCUAGAUCGUGGAUUGUUUGGAAAUGGGGUUCUGUGGAGUCAUCAGUAGUCAGUAUCUGUCUAGCAGCUAAGACCUGACUGGCAGACUAAGAGAGCAGCUUUCAGAAGGACUGAAGCCGUAGUUCAAGCAUGGCCUGAAGCACUGCCACAGUUUAAGCCUGGUCUGGACAUAAAAACUUUAAUCGACUUGUUUUAUGGGAUUGGUUGUUGGAACUCUUACUUGUUAUGUGGAAGUUUCAAAUCUUAGUCAGGACCUCACCAAGGGACGUUUGCAUGUUUUUUUCCAGGUACUCCACCCUCCACUCCAAAACUGUACAUGUUGGGUUGAUUGGCAACUCUGAGGUGUGUGAGCAUGUUUGAAUGCUUUCUUUCUCUCCGUUCAAACUGGCGACUUCCUCUGAGGAUAUCCUGCCUCUCAACUAAAGAGUGUAAAUAAGCAUGUGAUCCUGUGAAAUGGUGUGAAAGGUUUGAGUUGUUUAUGAUUUGUAAAGCCAGUAUUAUCUGCUGUUAGCUUCACUUUCCAGUGAGAAUUCCUCAGAUUCAUCAAACCUAUAUUUUUACUGACUGCGAUCUCCCCCAAGUAGUAUAUUGACUACUUACUAUUUCACAGAACCCCAUUAAAAAAAAAAAACACAUGAGCUGUCCUUCAAGAUGUUUUUUAUUAAAAAAAAAGUCAAAGCUGAAGUACGGUCUCUGCAUAUUAAGUUGCAUUUUAGUAGUGGUUUAGUGUAUAGUGGCCAUUUGAAUGAAUUUGUCGUGUAUAUGCAGUUGUAGAUCAUGGAUAUUACAUUGUCCAUUAAAAUCUGAGGUUAUUUUGGUAGUUGAUAUUUUAUUCUGAAUUAGCAGAAUCAGCAGGAGUUUGUGAUAGGCUCUUCUUGGCAAGUUAGAGGUUUUUACAUCUUUCUCAGAGCUCUUCAUCCCCAAUGUUUCUUCUUUCUAGCCUUUAACUGAAAGCAGACGUUAGUCAGCAAAGGAAAAAUCAAAGGGAAUGUGCUUCAGAUGGCUUUGAUUUUUCUUACACUCACUCUGAACUGGGCACCACUUUGAUUUAUGGAGCUUAAAUUUAUCAGCAAUGACAUCUGAGAAAAAGUCGAUAAGCAUUUAAAGUUAAUUUUUAGAGACAAUAAUUCAAGUAAGAGCUGGACUUUGUAAGGAACUCAGUUCAUGAAAGUAUCAGAAACACAAUCUAGAUCCUGACACUUCAAGAGCACGAUCUGUUAAAUAAUAACUGAUAAUGUUUGAGUUAACCAUAUCCAAAGGUCUGCUUUAGACUAUUGCUGCUUUGCUCAUGUGGGGACUUGACAUGCAUGCAAUAACACUUGGUUGCGUUAAAGCAGACCUUCUCUGUCAGCUGAGAGUUUUUUUUACAGUCCCCUUUCUCUGCCCCCACUCUUUUCCCCCAGAUGGCCUUCAUUAAUAAGGCAGACAGUCAUACCUCGGUGAGUAACCUUUUCAUUUCCCCUCAGACUGAACAGACACGUAGGAGGAGUCACCCUGACUGCUAACCCCGUCCUCUCCCUGUGCUGGCUGUACCCCCGCAUGCAGAGGACAGGCAGCGGAGCGGGAGCUCAGACAACCAUUGUUGACCUAAAAGUGGCAAUGGUGGUCCAGUGGGGAAAGGUCCAGAACACGGUUCAUCCACAGUCAAAGAUGUGUUAAUAUGCUGCAGAAGGAAGAAGUCCAAAUAUGUUGCUUGCUAGAGUUCAUAGUGAAAUAUGUGGAACAGAAAAACUGGGUUACAGUCUACAGUACUGUGCAAAAGUCUUAAAUCAUCCAUCAUUUCUUUAUACUUUGCUUCCAUGGAGCCAGACUUUUUUUAAGCUUUGUUUUGCCUUCAAGAAAUGUCUCAUUAGACACUCUGAAGUUCUUUCUUUGGACUUUGGCUGCUUUGUGCACAACAGACAAAAUUGUUCAUGCAGUAAAAAGAUCCUAAACUUGAGGGAUAUUGUUCUGUUGGCACAACAAUUUAGUAAGAAUCCAAUUUUAAAUGGAAUGUAUAGCCAGGGGUUUUCAAACCUUUUAGAACAGCUGUCACCACAAAAUGGCAUGAUAUUCCAAGUAUAACCAUCUUCUCAAAAAUUUUAAAUCAUAGAUCCGAGAGGACUUGGACUUUAAAAUUUUUUUGUGUUGUCUUAAAACCUGGAAAAAGAAAAAAAAAGUCAAAUCCAUUAACAGUGCUUUCUUGAAGGUAUGUGUUGAAAGGAAGGACGUUUUUACCCAGAACUUCAAAUACAAAAGUUUGAAGUUGGGUAAAAGGAACAGCAUGAUCCCUACAAGUCAGAAUGUCAAGUGGGAAAGUUGGAAAUUUCCCACCAAUCCCAAACACAAAAUUCUAAUUUCUCUACCUUGUAUAUAAAACUUGAUUGCUGCAGAAAAAAGAAAACAUUGUAAUUGCUUUUCAGAUUAUUUGUAGCUGAUUUAAUCUUUCACACAAGCGGUUCUGUUCAUCCUCCUUUAGAGAACACAUAGCUACAGUGAAAAUACUAAAUGUCAUUAGGUUGUUUUGCUAAUAGUAGUUGGCCUGUUCAAUGAUCAUAUCACUUAGCAAAUCCCACUGAUUUUCCAACUUGGAGCUAAAACAUGGUUGAGUUUGAUUUGAUGUUAUUCCCAGAUGGUGGUUCUGGCUUCAGAUUAAGUGGAUCACAGUAGCAGUCGCCACCAGGACUUUGAUCCUGAUUCAGUCUAAACCUCUACAGAUCAUUAUUGGAAGUUCUCGAAAUGUUCUCCACUGCACGUAAAAAAAAAAUAAAAAGUUUAAAUGACGUUCCCAAGGUGCUUGAUUAAUGAAUGCCAUUUGCUGUUGGUGCCUAUUUUCUCUGACUCACAGUUAAUUUGUUCAUCUUUAGCUUCCAAGUAAUUAACACAAGUAUGAGUAUGACUAAUGGUCUCACAAUUAUCUGGGCUAGAGUGGUCUGAGCUUGAAAAUCAGGGCUUUAGGCACUUUAUUACAAACAUCUUUUUAGUAGAAGACCAACUAAAGAAUAGGUCUGUCAGGUCUUGCGUUAGUUCUGGAUUUACUUUUUUCUUUCUUUUUUUAACCUGCACAAAUAUGCCGCCAUGGUGAGGUACAAAGAUUGGACAGCAAAUGAGUAAAAUAGCAGCCAAAGUCCAAAGAGAAAUUUUGAAAGAUCUUCAAUCCUUGGAUGUCUAUGUUGAUCCAAACCACUUUGAAAUACAACAACAAAGGUUCACCUUGGAGGAACUUGUUUGUAAUUUAUUAGAGAUUACCCAGAAAAAAAACACAUUUUAUGUUAUUUAAAAGUACAUACACAUAGCAAUCAUUUAGAAAAAGAAUCAGAUUUUCUAUGAUCCACAUCUAGUAUUGUAUGGAUAUUUUGCUUUGUGUGUGUGUGUGUGUAAUCUUGUGAUCAAACAAAAAGCUGUAUGUUUUGUUUUAUUAUUUUAAAGUAGAAGGUAAUCUUGGGAACAGAUUCUGAAUCCUCAUGCUGGACAGAGUUGUAUGUGUGGGUAAAGUCUCUUGUUUUUGCAAGUUCUGUUCCCGUUUCGUCAGCUGAAGCAGUGGUUUUCCAACAUUUCAGUCUCAGCUUCGCUAAAACAAAUAAUACAAAAAUAGCACAAAUUGCGCAUGAGCAAUACACCUGCGCAUCGUACUCAGGGCCACCUGGCACUCGCACUCUCUCUCUCACACACACACACACACAUACACAGACAUAUGCAAACAGACAAACACACACAAGCACACUUGUAAUCAAAUGUAAAUAUGUCAGCUUUUAAAACCCAAGCACACAUAAUUGAUGUGAUAUCCUCUUCUCUGUGGAUUGUGUGUCACAUGUGGUUGGAUCUUGCUUGUUCUUGAAGAUUUGAGCCAUUUAAAGCUGAGAAAACAUGUCCCCACCUGCCCUGUUUAUUAUCAUGGUGCUUUACGAGGGGCUGCUUGUAGCACUGUACAUAAUAGGUCUCUGCUGGGAGGAAACUGGGAGAAGUUCUGGCUUUCUAACACGCACAAAAGCUUUUGGAUUCUGCAAAAACAUUCAGUAGUUGCUCUGAGGGACAUUUCUUGCAGAUCAUGUUUGGAGCUUUUUUUUUUUUUUUUUUUACAAUUUUUGUCAUCAGAAGGUUACAAAUUAAAGUUGUGCUUGCAGAGAUAUCUUUGGGAAAAUGUUUGUUUUUCUCUCCUGGACAGGUUUAAACCACACACCAAAGAUUUCCAAAGCCUUUUGUUGCACAAAUCUGAUCAAUCUGCAAGUCUCCUAGGAGCCAUAUGCACAAUUUGGAGAUGGGUGUGCAACACAUUUGAUGCACAAAAAGCCUGAACAUGGUUCAGUAUGAACCCACAGAGGAUAAUAAACACCUAUGUAUUUAUAAAACAAAAUCUCCAAUAUAUAGCCUCUGAAGAAAAACAGUUUUUUUGCAUUAAAAUAUAUGAAUUCAGAAGGUCCAUCUACGAGUCGUCUUUUAACUCUCCCAUCUCAUUUUUUGAUGAAUGUAGCAAAGUAACCAGACUAAUUGCUAAACUCAUGGUUUACCGCGAGCGUGUGUGGGUGCAUCUGUGUCGGAGGACCACGGCGUGGCUGUUUCACACACAACACUGCAGACCCGUCGAGCAUGUCGUUGCAUACUUCCUGGUCCGCGAAUUAUUAAAACUCCUCCUGAAAAAUGAUCAAAACGUUUCUGUUGGGAAUGUACACUGUUAAUGUAGUGAUUGUCAUGUAGAAUGUAUUUACUCAUAGAGAGAUUAAACUUUUUUUUGUAAAGAAGCAUAUAUACAGAAUAUAUAUGGUUGAAAACACACAUAUAUACAUAUAUAAAUAUAUAAACAUCUAUAUAUCUUUUGAGCUGCCUGUGUGUGAGGGUUACUUUGGGCGCAUCUAACCUGUUAAGAUUCAUAUUGGUUUUCAGAUUUGAUUUGAUUUUGUUGAUUUCCAUUAAUGCCGUUUUGACAAAUGUAGUGUCUUAUGAGUGUUCAUUUUUUUUCCCCGUGUAAAUAUAAUUUUAAUUUAAUUUUUUAUAAAAAGGGGUUUUUAAAAAAGACUGUUUUACGAUGCUGCCUAUAAUUUAAUGAUGUGAUCUGUUCACAGAAUCUAUUAAUUCAUCAAAGUUGUGAAAUGUUUAGUGGCUGUGGUGAACAGAGGCCGCUAAUGAUGAAGGAUGAGGUUUGUUUGAACUUGCUGUGUUGAUUUGUUUUGAUCGGUAGCAGCAUUCACUGCUGUGAUGAUCCACGGUUGUCACUGUUCUGAUUUAACAUAUGCUUGACAAACUGAAAAUAAACUUGGGAAGUGCUGAA